ACGUUAACUGACAAGAUUUUAUCUUCGAAAUAAGACAAAACUCAAGAACCCUUCUCAAAUUUCCCUCCACAGAUUCGUCACUUAGCCUUAUCUUUGAGCUGUCCGUUCUUUCCACCAUACCCAUGAAAUUCCCCGCCUGUGCAGAUUCUCAAAUGCGCCCAUUUUCCAGAAUCCCAGACUCCACUACUCUUCUUCCACUUCCGCCGCCGCCGCCGCCGCCGCGCCGGAAAUGGCCACCAAAGCUUGGUUGACGCUAGCAAGAUCGAGUUUCUUAACAGCCCAGCUUAAAAAGCCCUUCAUUUCUAUCUCUUCCCUACCAUCUGCGGCUUCUGGAGUUCUCUCAACUCACUUUGGUGCUGGGAAGUUGUCGUUUCGACGCAGACUGGUGGUUGUUUCUCCUAAGGCCACCACUGAUCAGCCAGGUCAGGUACAAGAAGAUGAAGUUGUAGACAGCAAUGUCUUGCCGUAUUGCAGCCUAGAUAAAAAGCAGAAGAAGUCUUUGGGGGAGAUGGAACAAGACUUUCUUCAAGCACUUCAGGCAUUCUAUUAUGAAGGAAAGUCUAUCAUGUCAAAUGAAGAGUUUGAUAAUCUCAAGGAAGAACUAAUGUGGGAGGGAAGCAGUGUUGUUAUGCUAAGUGCUGAUGAACAGAGGUUUCUGGAAGCUUCAAUGGCUUAUGUAUCUGGGAAUCCAAUUUUGUCCGAUGAAGAGUUUGAUGAACUGAAACAAAAACUUAAGGCUGAUGGGAGCGAGAUAGUGGUCGAGGGUCCUCGAUGCAGUCUCCGUACUAGAAAGGUUUAUAGUGACCUUUCUGUCGACUACCUCAAGAUGUUUCUUCUGAAUGUUCCAGCUGCAGUUGUUGCAUUAGGAUUGUUCUUCUUUCUCGAUGAUUUGACUGGAUUUGAGAUCACCUAUCUCUUAGAGCUUCCAGAGCCAUUCAGUUUCAUCUUCACAUGGUUUGCAGCGUUGCCCUUCAUACUAUGGUUAUCUUUCACGAUUACAAACAUCAUCGUUAAAGAUUCUCUGAUAUUAGUGGGCCCAUGUCCAAACUGUGGCACGGAAAACACUUCGUUCUUUGGCACCAUAUUGUCAGUAUCUAGUGGGGGUUCUGUCAAUACAGUAAAAUGCUCAAAUUGUGAGACUCAGAUGGUGUAUGAUUCUAAGAGCCGAUUGAUUACAUUGCCUGAAGGAAGCGAGGCAUGAGUUCAGGAUUUUGUGGUAAAAAAUUCGACAUACGGCAGCACCCAUUGAAUGUGGAUGAAGAAGGUAUAGUUACUGUAGAUGUAAGGAUUUAAGGAAAGAAUUUCAGUGCCGAGAUGCUGUUGGCACUGCAUGAAUGUUUGUAUGCUUGGAGGGAACUGUAUCAUGAGUUGUGUUGAUACGUAUAUAUAUCUAUUACAUGUUUGUCUGAAGAGAGGUGGUUCAGCUUAA